AUGAGGAACCUAGUACACGUCGCCAUUGCGGCCACCUUGGCAAUUGAAGUCGCUGCGAAUUCUCACCAGCACCUCCAUCACCACGCCAAGAAAGAUGUUGCCUCCAAGGUUGAACGACGUGCAGCCGAUGGAAUCGUUUGGGUCCCCGCAACCGAGACUGUGUACAUACUUGGCGGGGAGAAAAUUUCAAUGGAAGAAGCAUUGGCUGGUUUGAACAACGGCGAUUUUGUCAUUGCUGGCGAAUCCACGCCCAUCUUCACCCCUCCCCUCGCCCAACCCCCUAAGCCUACGACUACCACCAGCCUUCAGGACCUUGGUGCACAAUUUUUGGAGAAAUCAAGCAGUGCUGCAUCCCUGCCGAACCCUACGACUACUUCGCAACCACCACCUCCUAAGAGCACUCAGGCUCCCAAACCAAGUCCUUCACCCAGCACCCCCCCAAGCGGAGGUAUCGGCCUGGAUUCCAAGUUCCCCAGCGGUCAAAUAGACUGCUCCAAGUUCCCCUCUGACUACGGCGCCGUUCCAUUGGACUAUCUGAAAAUGGGUGGAUGGUCUGGCAUACAGUUUUGCCCUGACUACUCAAUGGGCAAAUCCAAAAGUAUCAACAACAUCGUCACUGGCAUCCAUAACGACGAGUGCACUAAGGGGGCAAUGUGCUCUUAUGCGUGUCCGCCUGGCUACCAGAAGAGCCAGUGGCCUGAGGCGCAAGGCGAGACUGGGCAAUCCAUUGGUGGCCUUUACUGCAACGAAGGUGGAAAACUUGAGUUGACUCGUAAAAGCAACCCCGUUCUUUGCGAACCUGGUGCUGGCGGCGUUUCUAUCAUUAACGAAUUGGACGAAGUUGUCUCUACCUGCCGAACCGACUACCCUGGCACUGAAAGCAUGACUUUUCCCGCCGAGGCCAUGCCUGGUAAGUCGGUUGUAUUGACUAAUCCUGACUCAUCGACAUACUUCUUCUGGAAGAACCUGCCCACCACAGCUCAGUACUACGUCAACAACAAGGGCCUUGCUGCAAAGGAUGCCUGUCUCUGGAACUGUCCCUGCGACGAGAACAAGUCCCAGGAAAAGAAAACCUGCGGUAACUGGGCGCCUAUUAACAUUGGCGUUGGCCAGGCUAAUGACACCAACACAUACAUUUCUAUUUUCCAGAACGCACCGACGAGCAGCGCGAAACUGAAUUUCAAUAUCAAAAUUACUAUUGAUGGCAACACCAAGUGCGCUUAUGAGAAUGGAAAUUUUAUUGGGGAAGGCAAUGGGAAUGGUUGCACUGUUACAAAGAGCGAGAGUGCCAAGGCAGUCAUCCGAUACUACUCGUAA